ACCAUUUGACCUUGACGAAGCUGUUAUUAGACGGCUUCCCCGGAGAUUGAUGGUGAAUCUUCCAGAUGCAACGAACAGAUCAAAGAUCUUGAGUGUUAUUCUUUCUAAAGAAGAAAUAGCACCUGAUGUUGAUUUAGAAGCGAUUGCUAAUAUGACAGAUGGUUACUCAGGAAGUGACUUAAAGGCAUGGAAAGCAGUGAGUUGA